AUGGAUAAAAAUCUCACCAGCUGUUACACCAGCUUCAGCCCGGCAAGGAGGGCAAUCAAGCGAACUGAGCGCAAGAAGAGGCAAGUUCGGCCAGGACUGCAGCGUGUUAUACUCUAUGGGUUAGUGGGUGGAGUGCAGAGCCGCACGGCCUUGAGCUGCACAACCUCAUCGCGACAUCCUCCCAACACCACUCUCACCACCAUUGACGAAGACGAAACCGACUCGAGAGCUGCAGAAUACACCUCGCUCGCCUAUUUCCAUCCUCACCUGGGGUUACGAUUAUGCUCUAGGUCUUUACCGAGAAAGGACGGCUCAACGAAGGAGAAGGAGAGGGCGUUGGAGGAAGGGAAGCAAUUGACUUUCUCUGAAGUCAUAUCCACAACAAUGUCGCGCUUACCACGGUUUUCUUGGGUCAAUGUGUUUACAGGCCCUGUAACCUUUAGGAAAUGCUAG